CAUACAAAUAGGCACGCAUACAAAUAUGCCGAAUAAUUAAAUCAAUCAUGCAAUUAACAACAUAAAAAAAAAAAGCCCAUCCAUUUGGACAUUUAUAAAAACCCACACACAGACACAGUCGCCCACCAUAAUCGUCCAAACAUUACUUCCGAGUCAUCCGAUAAAAGACGAGUCAGAAAAGUAAUUAUGCUGUUUCUCCAACUCCUACCCUCUUUCUUUUUCCUUCUCCUUCUUCUUCCCUUACUUUCCAUCAUCUUCCUUAAAAGAGCUUCAGCACCCAAAAAGCAGUCAUCUCCACCACCCUCCACCGCCAUCAGCCCCCCAAGAUCCUACCCAAUAAUCGGUUCGUUUCUGGCCGUGGUUGCUAAUCGCCGCCGCCGUCUCCAAUGGCUUACAGACAUCCUCCAAGUCACCCCCUCCGCCACCUACGUCAUCCACCGCAGCAUCGGCGUACGCCAGGUCUUAAUCGCCAACCCGGCUGUCGUCCAGCACAUCCUCAAGACCAACUUCCACAACUACGGCAAGGGACAUUUCAACGGAACCCUCGAAGACUUCCUCGGCCACGGCAUCUUCAACGUCGACGGCGAAUCCUGGAAAUUCCAAAGACAAGUUGCCAGCCACGAAUUCAACACCAAAUCCCUGCGCAAAUUCGUCGAGACCGUCGUGGACACCGAGCUCUCCGACCGCCUCAUUCCUAUCCUCUCCUCAGCCGCCGCCACCGGAACAGUCCUAGACUUCCAGGACAUUCUUCAAAGAUUUGCCUUCGAUAAUAUAUGCAAAAUCGCUUUCGGAUUCGACCCCGCAUACCUCUUGCCCUCUCUUCCACAAACCAAGUUCGCUCAAGCCUUUGAAGAUAGUGUCACGAUCAGCAGCGACAGGUUCAGAUCAUUAAUCCCUUUCUUUUGGAAAAUCAAGAAGUUUUUGAAUAUUGGGUCCGAGAAGCGCCUGAGAAUCGCAAUUUCAGAAGUUCAAGAAUUUGCAAAGAACAUAAUAGGGGAAAAGAAGCACGAGCUCAGAGAGAAGUCCUCGCUCGAUUCCGUCGACCUCUUGUCAAGGUUCUUGAGCUCCGGCCACUCGGAUGAGAACUUCGUGACCGACAUAGUGAUAAGCUUCAUACUUGCUGGGCGCGACACAACCUCCUCGGCACUCACAUGGUAUCUUUGGCUACUUUCUAAGAACCCGCGUGUCGAAUCCGAGGUUCUCAAGGAAAUCAAUCAGAAAUCCGAGGCGACCGCCUUUGACGAAGUGAAAGACAUGGUGUACACUCACGCUUCUCUGUGUGAAAGCAUGCGGUUGUACCCGCCUGUUGCGGCGGACACGAAGGAGGCUGUGAACGACGACGUUUUGCCGGAAGGGACGGUGGUAAGAAAGGGGAUGUUAGUGACGUACAUACCAUACGCAAUGGGGAGAAUGGAGACGCUGUGGGGGUCUGACUGGGCGGAUUUUAAGCCGGAGCGGUGGCUGGAGAAGGAUGAGGCGGAGAAUAGGCACUGGAAGUUCGUGGGCAGGGACGCGUACACGUACCCGGUGUUUCAGGCGGGGCCGAGGAUUUGCUUGGGGAAGGAGAUGGCUUUCUUGCAGAUGAAGAGGGUGGUCGCGGGGGUUCUCAAGCGGUUCAAGGUGGUACCGGCGCUUGAGGAAGGUGUGGAGCCGGAGUUUGUUCCGCAAUUGACUUCCAAAAUGAAAGGUGGGUUGCCGGUUAGGAUUGUGGAGAGGGAAGAGAAAGAAUGAUUGGUGGGCAAGGCUUUCAGUUUGGAUAAUGGAUGGGGUUUUAUUAUUAUCUUUGUAAUUAUAGUACUAGGUUUUACCUUUUCAUUUAAAUUUUGUAUUGCAUUUUCAAUGAACUUUUAAUGAGUUGGUAAUCAUAUCAAUAAAACAUGAAUUA